CUUGUGGAGCGCACCAUGGGCCGCCUAGGGGCCGGGCCGCUGCUGGGGUCGCUGCGGGUGUGGGCGGGUUGCCUCGGGGGGCCAGCCCGGCCGUGGGGGGAGGGGGCGGCGGUCGGCGCCCGGGCUUGCAGCUCCACGCGCCCCUGGGACGGCCUCGAGGGACCGCCGCGCCGGCGCCCCUACUGGCGCUACCUGAGGCGUCUGGUGCUGGGAGCGCCCAAGCCGCCGUACCCGCACGUGUGCCAGGUCGGAGACCCGGCGCUGCGGGCCGUGGCAGCCCCCGUAGAGCCGGCGCAGCUGGCGGGACCCGAGCUGCAGCGGCUGGUGCAGCGCCUGGUGCAGGUGAUGCGGCGCCGGCACUGCGUGGGCCUGAGCGCGCCGCAGCUCGGGGUGCCCCUGCAGGUGCUGGCCCUGGAGUUCCCCGAGGCGCUCUUCCACGCCUGCGCGCCGCGCCUGCGCGAGGCCCGCCAGAUGGAGCCCUUCCCCCUGCGCGUGUUCGUGAACCCCAGCCUGCGGGUGCUGGACAGCCGCCUGGUCACGUUCCCCGAGGGCUGCGAGAGCGUCGCCGGCUUCCUGGCCUACGUGCCCCGCUUCCAGGCCGUGCAGAUCUCAGGGCUGGACCCCAGAGGAGAGCAGGUGGUGUGGCAGGCCAGUGGGUGGGCAGCACGCAUCAUCCAGCACGAGAUGGACCACUUGCAGGGCUGCCUGUUCAUUGACAAAAUGGAUAGCAAGACAUUUACAAACAUCCACUGGAUGGAGGUGAAUGACUAAACCUUUCCUGAGGAUUCUGAAAACCAGGACACAAACACUUCAGCUUUGAGCCAGGCUUGUCUUACUUGGCAUUGACUUGCCUCCGACACAGAACAAUGGACUUCCGAAGCAUGCUGAACUGAGUUGGAGGAAGAUGUUAAAAACGAUUGCUCCAGGUUGAGCUAUAAAAUACUGCCUUCCACUUGAGAAGAAAACUAACUCCCCUAAAAGAAUGGACAUUUCCUGAUAAUUUUGUAUGGAGGAUGAGUGGGGCAAUAACCGCUCUCAGUAGAUAUGACUUCGUAAGACCUGUGCCAUCUAUUCCCAAAGCCAAGAUUUGGUAAUAAAUGUAGUUCCAGAAUAUCUGAAAGCCGUGUUCAAAAAUGCA